AUGAAUGGUGGGAAGCAGUGUUGGUACAUGCAUGUUGAUCAACGCCCAAGCCAACAACAGAUGUUGAGCGCGUCAGACAGGCUUUCGCUUAGUCGACAAUUGACUUGUCAAAAGUCAAUCAGUGGAUUACCCGGAAAUCGUAGAAACAUCCAACUAGCACCUGCAAAGACCAAUGAACGUAAACCCCCUUCAUUGCUAUCCUUGGCAGAUUUGAGUCCAAAACAAAUUUCCGAAGUGAUCGCAUUAUCCAGUUCGAUGAAACUAGCACAUCGUCAAAACUCCCCUAAACAUGGCUUAGACCCGGCAAACUCACCCGCACAAGGGAAAGCACAAGCAGGUCGUAUCUUUGAUCAAUCUUUACGGGACAGAAUCGUUGCAAUCAUGUUCUCUAAACGAAGUACACGAACAAGAGUUGCCAGCGAAACUGCAGUAUACUCUCUUGGAGGACAUCCGGUGUUCUUGGGUCCAAGUGAUAUUCAAUUAGGCGUCAAUGAGAGCUUAUAUGAUACGGCAAAGAUUGUUUCUAGCAUGGCAGAUGGUAUUAUCGCUCGUGUAGGAGGACAUGAUGAGAUUGAGCUACUCGCCAAAGAAUCAGAUGUUCCCGUCUUGAACGCUCUAUCCGCUCGUUACCACCCUACACAAAUCUUGGCAGACCUACAAACAAUGGUAGAAGAUCCACUACUGUCGGUCAAAAUGAAUGCUUCCAAAUCAGCCUCAGAAUCUGAUGGAAAUGCAGAGUUGGGUAUUCUUGCUCCUCUAAAAGGAUUGAAAGUUGCUUGGGUUGGUGAUAGCAAUAACAUCUUGGCCGAUAUGUUGGUUGCUUAUCCUAGAUUGGGUAUCGACCUAAGUGUUGCUGUACCCAAAGGAUACGAUCGUGAUGAAGUCGUUUGGGGAGAAAUGCAAGAUGGCUUACGUGCUCCAACCAGCUGGCGUAAGGGUGAAGUUGAAUGGACAAACGAUCCUGCUCAAGCCGUACGUGAUGCAGACGUUGUUGUGACGGAUACAUGGAUUUCAAUGGGAGAUGAAGCAAGCAAAGAACAACGUUUACGUGACUUCUCAGGAUAUCAAGUGACAGAAGCAUUAUGCAAGAAUGCAAAACCUGAUUGGAAGUUUAUGCAUUGUUUACCACGCAAACAAAAUGAAGUGGAUGAUGAAGUGUUCUAUGGUGAUCGAUCAAUCGUCUUCCCGGAGGGAGAGAAUCGAAGGUGGACAAUUCAAGCUUUGGUAGAUAAAAUGUUUGGCCGAUGGGAGUUGUAAAAAAGGCAAUGUGAUGUAUGCACGGAAAGCCGCCAAAGAAUUCGAAUGAAUUUAUGAGUAUGUGUGCGUGAAGAAAAGAACGGCGCCGUUAUAUCUCCUUUGUGAUCACAAUGCUGAGCCAGUUGAAGCGGAUAAAUGUUAUCCGGAAAAGUGAAAAAAAGGAAAACCUUUGUACUCUCAAAGGGAUGAAUGCAAUCGAGAUCAAUUACGGUAUACUACGCCUCCAACUCCGAACGGAGUGAUGCAUUGAAAGAGUCAAAACCCUCGAUCUAGAUAGAUGAAAUGCAUU